UAUCCCUCACCCCAAGAAGGGAGAGGAGGAGAGAACACACAACCCCCACAACCCAGGGCGGGCGGCCAACUUGUCACAGCGUCUUGUGCGCAACAAGAAGAAGAGGGGUGGGGUGGCUCCCUGGGGUGUUUCACUUAUAAAAUGAGUGGGGUUGGGCAUAGUGGAAACCUUUUUGCUUUCCCUACUUCAACGCUGGGUAAGAUGGGUUUGAAAGGUAUUCCGCAAAGAUCACCCUUCCCCGUUCCCCUUCGUGACAUGGUGUGGGCCAUUCAACCGCACCUUUUACUCGGUGGCACGCGGCGCCACGAACAAAAAGAACAUGAGGGUGAAUUACUUCCUUCCCUACGAUAA